ACAGCCCAUAGUGAAGGAAUAGAGAUGGGUCCAGCCCAAAACGGAGGAAUCCUCUCCAAUCUCUCUCUCAGCCGGAGCCGGCCACCGCUCGCUUCCCUGCCGCUGCACGCCGUCGGAAAUUCGCAGGCUGCCGCACUUCGCAGCUCGACCCUCGUGCCGGUCACCGCCUAAGCUGAGCCAGGCGGCCGCCAUUCGCAGCACCCGUACGUGCUCCAUCGAGGAGGCGGCACCUGUGUGGAGGAGGCGGUGGGAGCUCCGUGCUCUGAUCGCCGUAGUCUCUUGCCGCACUAUUGAGUUUUCCCCUGCUAUGCACCCAGUCUCAGUUACCCUCCAGCCAUUCGCUGCAACUCCUAAUCUCAUCCGAAGGAGCACUGUUGUGACGAAUUCUCUUCAUUUUGCAAAAUUGCGAAGAAUUGGAAGAAAUAGUGGAAACCUAGCCAUGAGUUGCAAACCAGAUCCUGCUUUUGGUUCAGAAACUUCUGGAGGAGACGAUUUUACUGUGGGGGACAAGGAUGCUGUGAUAAUUGUAGAUCAUGGAUCACGGCGUCAAGAAUCUAAUCUCAUGCUAAACGAUUUUGUUGCCAUGUUCAGGUCGAGGACUGGUUACAGGAUCGUCGAGCCUGCUCAUAUGGAGUUGGCUGAGCCUACUAUUAAGGAUGCUUUUGGAAAAUGUGUGCAACAAGGAGCAUCCCGUGUUAUUGUUUGUCCAUACUUCCUUUCCCCUGGACGACACUGGAAGCAAGAUAUCCCUGCUUUAUCAGCAGAGGCAUCUAAGGAGCACUCAAAUAUACCCUAUAUUGUCACUGCCCCUCUUGGACUGCAUGAGCUUAUGGUGGAUAUUAUGAACGAUCGCAUCAAAUACUGCCUGAGACACGUUGCAGGUGAUGUCGAUGCGUGUACAGUAUGUGCUGGAACUGGAAAAUGCCGCCUCUACUCCUGAUGGCAAAUACCUAGAAGGCUACUCGUUCUAUAUAUGCGAUGGUGGAUAGUGCAGUUAUAAUCUGGAUAACUGUGGCAAUGGUAUUUCAAAGCAGUUUUGUUUUUCAGUUUACUAAUCGGUCCGAGUAAAUCUUUUUCUCUUAUAUGAGAUCGUAUGAGCAUGUAUCCUUGUUCCUUGUCUCUGCCUGCAACCACCAAAAGUUACAAUUGUAAUACUGGUCUCAACGAUUUUGUUCAGCUUGCAAAUCUUACUGUCCAUAUUCCGAGUAGACGGUCUUAAUUAGUUGUUUUCAUUUCCUUCGUGUAUAUUGCAUAUACAACAUAAUAAACGAAUGAUUCAAACCAUA